CCUGUUCAAUCCCAUUAAUAGUCCCUUCCCAAAAAGAACCUCCCAUUAUUUCCCUUCCUUUCCCAUGCCUGAGAAAAAUGGGUGGUUAAAUGGGGUCUGAAAUUCAACAUCAUUGCCCUCUCUGCACCUUCAAUACACCUUACCCAAAAGCAAAUACAUCCAUGUGGUAUUUUGUUUCUGUACAACAGAAAUAAUAGAGUGAGUUGGAGGGUCUCUAUUUCUCUAUCUAUAAAAACCCAUCUCUGGAUCAGCCCAAACUUCCAUUUUCUGCAACUCUCCUGUGGCCUUAACAUAGAGUAAAUUUGAACAAGAAGAAGGUCUUGUUAUAAUCCCUUCUCUCAGUAGUUUUCUUUACAAGCUUUGAAAGACAUGGCCUUCCCUAGCCAAGAUUCAGAAGGGUCUUCCCAGAGGAAAUUGGGAAGGGGAAAGAUCGAGAUCAAGAGGAUCGAAAACACUACGAAUCGCCAAGUCACCUUCUGCAAGCGCCGGAAUGGACUGCUCAAGAAAGCGUACGAGCUGUCGGUGUUGUGUGAUGCCGAAGUCGCCCUCAUCGUCUUCUCAACCCGCGGCCGGCUCUAUGAAUAUGCCAGUAACAGUGUCAGGUCCACGAUUGAUAGGUACAAAAAGGCAUGUUCUGAUGUCUCGAAUACGGGAUCUGUUUCUGAAGCCAACACUCAAUAUUACCAGCAAGAAUCCAACAAACUGCGUCGACAAAUUAAGGAUGUACAGAAUUCAAACAGCUCUUCCAGGCACAUUCUGGGUGAGGCUCUUAGCGCCUUGACCUUCAAGGAGGUCAAGAAUCUUGAGACCAAGUUGGAGAAGGCCAUUAGUAGAAUUCGAUCAAAAAAGAAUGAAAUGCUGUUCGCUGAAAUCGAGCACAUGCAGAAAAGGGAGAUUGAGUUGCAAAAUGCUAACAUGUAUCUGCGGGCAAAGAUAGCAGAGAAUGAGAGAGCACAAGAGCAAAUGAAUUUGAUGCCAUCAUCUCAUGAUCAUCAGUACCAGACAAUGGGUGCUGGUUCACAGGCGCAACAGCAGCAGCCGCCGCAGUCAUACGAUGCCCGUAACUUCCUUCCGGUGAACCUCCUUGAGCCUAAUCACCACUACUCUCGCCACGACCAACCCCCUCUCCAACUCGUUUGAUAUUCAGAGACGCCUUUCUGUCAAGUGUUUCGAUAUCGGCUUUCAAGUUUAUCUGGCGUCAGAACUAUGUCUCUGAAAUUGUAAGGAUGAAAUGGUGGAUUCCAAUUAAGCUGAGUAAAAUGCAGGCAUUUGGUGUGUUUCCUUUUGGACACUACUAAUGUACUAUCUAAGUAUGUUGUUGCUGGACAAAUUAAGUGCUGCAUUAUGAAUCAAGAACAAAUAGCUAGUAGAGUAUUUUUCCUCAAA